GCCUCAUUUUGCUCUUCCUCAUCUCUUUACACAACCAAUCGAGUAUUCAAUGGAGCAAACUCAAGAGGACGAUCAACUCUCAAACCUCCCAACAAUAACAGACUGCUCAGCCUUCCCAGUUGUCCUCUACAAAGCCCACUACCUCUUCAAGGACUCCCUCCUCCGUGUCCUCUCGACCCGUCACCACUUCCAGGCCCGGCCCACCGACAUCCUCCUCGCCUCCCCCCCCAAAUCCGGCACGACGUGGCUGAAGGCCCUGGCAUUCUCAUCUCUGUACCAGACCCCCCUCCCCGACCUCUCCGACCUUCGCCACCCCCUUCGGGUGUCCAACCCCCACGAUAUCGUCCCCUUCAUCGAGAUCGAAUCAAACUUAGGUGCGCUCGGUCACAACUUGUUAUUCGUGAAGUAUGAGGAUAUGAUUGCAGAUCCGAUAGGUGAGUUGAAACGGGUUGCGGGUUUUAUGGGGUGUCCGUUUACGGAGGAGGAGGAGGAGAGGGGUGGGGUGGCGGAGGGCAUAGUAAAGCUUUGUGGGUUCGAGAGCUUGAGCAAUUUGGAGGUGAACAGAGAGGGGGUGCUUGAGACUAUGUUUGAGGAUUUCGAAAAUAAGUUUUAUUUCAGGCGGGGAGGUGUUGGGGGCUGGAGGAGUCUUCUUUCGCUAGAGAUGGGUCGACGGCUGGACGAGAUCAUGACGAGCAAGUUUGCGGGUACGGGACUUUCGGUUUAA